UUCCUCUUCAGCACAGCAGAUUCAAGGUUGACGUCUAGUUGUGAACAUCCACGGUAUUAGCCAGUCGUUCUGUCUUUAGUUUUGUGAAAUAGUUCACUAAUUUUCUACAAACAUGUCUGAAACCCACUUCGAUGAGUACGAGCACUACAAUUUCGACAUUGACAAGCAUCUCUAUUCUGGACACAGUGGAAAACAGCGUACGAAGAAAGAAGCCAGUGAACACACGAAUCACUUUGACCCCAGUGGACACACAAGGAAAAUUACUGACAAACAAAUGAAGACUGAACAGAAUAAGAAGCCUGAAACUACGAAGCCAAAACCUCCCCAGUGAUAAUUUAAGACUUGGACUUUUUGGUACUCGGACUCGUUGAUUUGAAAUUGUGUGUUAUGUUGACUUGAGUUUUCUCCCAAGCAGUUGUUGGGACUUGUUCGAAAUGGGACUUCUACUGGAAACGGUCGUUGAAGUUGUUAUCAAGAAGCAAUGGACUAAACACCGAUUAAAACAGGUUUUUAGUUUUAUCUUUUGGCUAUUGUGAUAACGUAAUUCCUUACUUAUAUAACUUCAAGGAUAGGCCUACCAUCUGCCAAUUGAUUCCAAUAUCCAGAAGUUCUCAUCGUCAUUAAAUUAACUUAUUUAACAAUGAAUUUGUUAAAACCACUAUUUUGUACUAAGUAAUGAUUUGUUUUCUACGAAUAAUAAAUUAGGUCGUAUUUAUA